AUGGCGACUCCCGCCGCUUUACCCCCAUUGCCUUUCAAUCCGGGUCGGAUACGAACAUACCUCGUCCGACUACCGCUGUUUACCCGGCUCGUGCUGUUGAUCAUUCUGGCCUUCUGGCUGCUUGAGUUCCAAUCUGUGUGGGGUGUCAUACAAUGGGGUGCUUUGAUUCCAGAGGAGAUUAACCUGGGGACUAUGUACCGACUUAACACUUAUCCCUUCAUCCACACUGGCUUCUUCCAUGCUUUCCUUAAUGCUGCAGCACUUACACCACUGCUGGAGCGCUUUGAGGCUGAACAUGGCACUUUGACUGCUAUUGCGUUGUUUGUUGGACCCCUCUCAACUGUCCCUGCUGGGCUUUACAUCUUGGUUGAGAGGUUUAUCCUACACAGAAAUACUUCGGUGGUCGGCGCCAGCGUCUGGGUUUUCCUGCUUCUUGGUUCAGAGGCCAUCAAGACCUACAAGUCUCACCCCAACUUCAGUCUUGGCCCGUACAAGAUUCCCACCUGGACUUCACCCCUGUUUGCAUGUGUCGUUGUAUCCAUCCUCAUGUCGAACGUGAGCUUCCUCGGUCAUCUCUGUGCGAUCCUUGUUGGCUAUCUCCUUGGCCUCGGAUACCUCAAGGUGUUCGUGCCCCCUGAGAAGAUCCUCCGCUGGAUCGAGGGCAAGCUGAACCUCCUGGGACGCCUACCUCACUAUGUCUCCGUCGACCAGAAGACCUACGGUCGCUAUGGAGUUCUUCCAACCACCAACUCCGCCGCCAACGGCAACCAAACACCCAUGAGCUACUUGGGAUCUACCCAGCGUCUGGGAGCCUGA